AACAUUUCAACAGACAUCAUUUUAGAAACCACAAAAAUACACAAAGCACGACAUUUGAAGACUUGAAGGCUGAACACUUAAGUAAAUACAAUGACAUUUCACAAUGACAGCAACAUUUAGAAGAAAAAAAAUCACAAAACAUUUCAGAGAACACAACAAUUCACAAAAGAACAUUUCCAUUUCACUGAAUAUGACAUUUAAUAAGACAGCAACAUUUCAGAAAUCACAUAUUAGAAAAGGUUUUUGAAAUGUUUCAUUGUUUUCUGACGUACUUGUGAAAUGUUGUGUGUACAUGAGUGAUCGCAGUGGAGUGAGGAGUCUGCAAAGAGCCUAAAGGUCAACAGCGCUGCCCUGGUUUUGUUAAAUGACUAAUAACUGGACCUUUAGAACUUUAAGUGCCGAGUCCAUGACAUGUUAGUUCAUUGCUAAUAAAGGUGUGACAUCAGUACUGUCACUACGGUUACUUACAGGUGAAUACACCUUGAGUUAAGAGUUAAGAUGCUGUUCAACAGAUUUUAAUGGAUGUCUGACAGCCAAUCAGAAGUGAGGAUUUUCUGUUGCGAGGGGAAGAUUUGAAACUGAACAAACGGCCCAGUUAUCAACGAGCCAGCACAUCAGUCCAACAUUGUCUUCGCUGUUUGUUUCCAGUCCAAACAAUAGCAGCACACAUGAUGAAUGCUGCUCACCAUUCACUCAGCAGAAAAACAGCUUUUCAGUGUGUACACAAAAGAAACCAUUCAUAACACACACACACACACACACACACAGGCCUGUUGAAUUCAUUGACAUUAGUUUUGAAUCAUCUUCAACUCAGUAUUACAUUCCGAGCUGCAGAAGUUGUGUGCUGAAUCUUAACAGUGAACACUGCAGCAAACAAACAACCAAAGUCUUCAAUUUAAGAAUUCAAGUUUGCUGCUUCCUUAAAUUUUGUUCAUGUGUAUAAAUAUGAUUAUCUUUCUUAUUCUUGGUUGAAUCUGCCUGUUUAUCUAUUUACAACCAUUCUUUAAAAACCUGUCAGUGUUUGAUUUGAAUUUAUUGAUGUCUUUAUUAUAUCAUAAAAUUUUCACAUGUAUUAUAGUUAUCUAAGUUUAUUUUUAUUUAUGUAUUUAUCCUAUUAAUCUCUUUUUAAUGAUUGUAUUUGUUAUCUACAUAGUUAUUUUCAAUUGUCUUCUUUAUCCUCCUGUUUUUUGUUUGGGUUUUUUUUUUUUUUUUUUUUAAAUUGGUAUCCUGAGUCCUAUAGGAUUCUGACAGGGAUUUCAAGUAGGAAAUGCUCUUUAUAGGAAUACAAAUCUCAGAGGAUAAAUGUGGUUGGGCUUCAUCCUUUAGGAAUCCUGCAGAAUAAUGUCAAACAGGAAAAAAUAAUAAAUAUGGUACAAGCAGGUAGACACACCAAUAAAUGAGUCAACUUACUCAGAUAUAUUACAUCAGUCCAAAAAUGAUUACAGAACUAAAAUUAAUCACGAAAUGAAGAAAAUAACCUCCCUGUUGACCAGGGGAGAGGUCAGGAAGGAUUUUACAGCAUAUGUAUUUUAUUCAGUUGUAAUGUUUGUAUCCCUUCAUUUUUCACUAGUCUGUUCUGUUCUUUAUCCACUUGUUUAUGUCUCUGUCUAGCUCGUGUUUAUUUCUGUGAUUGCCAGUCGUCACAACUAAUAAUCGUCAACAAUAACACAGGCUCUUAUUUUGAAGUCAACUUUGUUAUUCCGGAAGUGCGAGCCGGCCGGAAGUAGAACGUCCCAUCUUCUUCUUCUUUGUAAUCAGUGACGGGUUCCCUCAGAUCCAAACAGACCCCUCAACUGCUCCUUCACCGACAUUAACGGCCGUCUCAGAGCCGGUUGGAGCGUCGUGCUGUCCGGUAGGGACGGGUUUCGGUCCGGGCGGGUCCCCCCUCGAGCCUCGGGAUGGCCGUGUUAAGCAGCAAAGCGCUCCACGAGCAGCUGUCCAUCAUCAUGGGCGCGCUGACCAAAGCGGCGGUGGCGGAGAUCUGCGAGGUGGUGGACGAAGGCUACGCCGUGCUGCAUAUGGAGAUCACCCGGAGCCACAAGGAGAACGAGGACCUGAAGAAGAAGCUGCACCUCAUCGAGUCCAUCGUGGUCCGGGGGGGCAGCGGGGGGAAGGCUCCGGUGGUCGCAGCCGCCGCGGAGAGCGCGCAGCAGCAGCCGGAAACACAGCAGCAGCAGCGGGACAGCGACGGAGGAGACACCGCUGCUGCUCCCGGAGGAGACGGAGGAGCUGACGUGACUGUGGUGGUGCGAGAGGAGCUUCCAGACGUGGUGCUGAUUAAAGAUGAAGACUCGGACAGUAACGACACCUUUGAUGAAGGUAACAAAACAGCUGCUGACGGAGGGACGGCCACAUCAGCCCCCAGCAGCCGGAGCAGGAAGAGACACUGGCCAGGAAGCGAAGCGGCUGACAGGAGUUUGUCUUCUGAGCAGCUCAGACUGAAAGCAGGGACGCCGAAGAAGAGCCUGUCCGUCUUCACUCUGGACUCUCCCCGCAGCGAGCCGGGCCGCUCCGGACAGCUUGGCGUCGAUGAAAUAGACGCUGGCGAGUCGGUUUGUUCGUACUCCUCGCAGAUGGACACGGACGUCCAGCUGGUCCACCAGGAGUGCUCGCUGGUCCCUCCCAGCGCCAACAGACGAACAGCUUAUUUUGGUAACGGCGCUCUGAUGGAGUCUCAGUCUCCAACAAACAGAGCAGAACUGGAUCUCAGCCUGACAUGGACCAAACAGUCUAAAAGUCAGAUGACUUUCGCUCAGUUUCACCAGAACGAGAACACAGACGGCGAUGCUUUCGGGAUCAAACUGGUCAGUGUCUCGGGCUCAACGUCCACAGACUCUCAGCUGUCUGAAAGCAGCAACUCUGCAUUUGAGUAUGACAACGCUGACAUGAUGAACUUCGCCCUCUACAGGGAUCAAUCAGGUCACUCUCAGACGAGUGGCGGCUCGCGAGGGAAGCGUUUCAUAUGCUCGAUCUGCAGCAGGACUUAUGCCACCUCUCAGAACCUGGAGGUCCACAUGCGGAUCCACACGGGCGAGAGGCCGUUCAGCUGCGACCAGUGCGGAAAGAAGUUCACCCAGUCAGCUCACCUGAAGUCGCACCUGAGCGUUCACUCGGGAGAGCGGCCAUACGCCUGCACGCUCUGCUCCAGGAGCUUCAUCGUCAAAUACAGCCUCAAGUUACACAUGAAGAAAUGCCACCCCAACGUCCUGACCGCUGACUGACCGUGUGGAGGUCUCACUCCAGACUCUACUGCUGUAUAAAUAAUAUCCAGAACAUUUCUGAGGGAGUUAGUUUUGGCACAGAGGACAAGUUAAGUUCUAAGGUUUUAAGAUGUGUGUUGGAGAAUGAGUCUUACUUUGAGCGACAGCAGCAAAAUGAGUUUAUCGAAGGUUAACGUUGUCUUAAAAUUGUCUGGAAGCAAAAAUGACAGAUUUGAUGAUUCUAGCUUCUCAAAUUCAAUCAUUUGCUGCUGUUCUUUUCUAACAUUAUACUGACUUAUAGUGAUUAUCUCUGACUUUUUUGUUGAUCAAACAAAACAAGACGUCUGAGGAUGUUACCUCCACCGAUGACGGGCAUCUCAAAUCUCUCUGUGUUUGAGAUUUGAGCAGCUUGUCACGACAGAGACGCCUAAUUUUAGAAUAAAACCUAAAAGUUGCUAAUGAGCCUCUGCUUCUAAAAUGUAUAAAGUGUACAAGUCCAAAAACAUUUAAUAAUACUCAUAAAUUAUGUUAAAAGCAAAAUACUUAUGAGUCACAUACAGUUUGUUUGUGUGUCAUUCUUGAUUAAUAAAACAUUCUAAAAUCA